AUGGCAUCACUGAAUGGCUUGCAUGUUGUGGCUUUUGUGCUGAGUUUGAAUUUGUUAAUGAAUUCAUCGCUUUCUUUUGAAAUUGUGCAGGGUUCUUCAAAUGGCAUUGGUGAAGCACCAAGUCCAGGGCCUGCGUACGAUGAAUAUUUGAAUGAUUGUGCAGAGAAGUUGAAGCCAAAUUGUGGUGAGCAAAUUUUGUACGAUAUAUAUCUUAAUCGCCAAACAACUACCAAAUAUUGUUGCCUCAGCCUUGUGAAGGACAUGGGAAAAUCUUGCUUCAUAGACGUAGCUAAGUAUGCAUUAACAUUGCCAGUUUUCAAGGAAAAUGCAACUGUAAUUUUGAAUAGGUGUGAGAAGUUUUGGGAUUAUUGUAAUUCUUUUAGUUCAUCUUUGUUAGUGUAG